UGGGACAGAAGGAGCUACAGGCCCCCUCCCACAUUAAAGAGGAGCAGCUUCAUGAUGAAGAUGAAGCUCAGUCCUUACAGCUUCAUCACAGUCAAAGUGAGGAGAACAGAGGGGCGGAGCUUGUAAGUCAACACAUCACAGAAGCUGAUGGAGAGCAUUGUGAAGAUAUCAAGUCAGAACCAGACAGCAUCUUUGCUCCACUGUCAGACAUGGACCACAUGAUGUCACACUCUUCUGAUCACAGUGACCACAUCCAAAAACCUUUGGAGAGUAAAAAUGACUCUAAAGGUGAUACGAGACAUCACACUAACAACAAACACUUUGAUUGCUCUGAAUGUGGGAAAUCAUUUAGACAGAAGAGUCGUUUUACAGUACACAUGAGAACACAUACUGGAGAGAAACCUUUUACUUGCUCCGUUUGUAAGAAGAGUUUCUCCACAAAACCUCAAAUGACCACACACAUGAGAACACACACUGGAGAGAAACCUUUUACUUGCUCUGUUUGUAAGAAGAGUUUCUCCACAAAACCUCAAAUGACCACACACAUGAGAACACACACUGGAGAGAAACCUUUUACUUGCUCUGUUUGUAAGAAGCGUUUCUCCAGAAAGCUUGACAUGACCAGACACAUGAGAACACACACUGGAGAGAAACCUUUUGCUUGCUCAGCUUGUGCUAAAAGAUUCAACACUAAGAAGGGAAUUAUAUUGCACAUGAGAACACACACAGGUGAGAAACCUUUUACUUGCUCUGUUUGUAAGAAGAGUUUCUCCAGCAAGCAAAGCAUGACCACACACAUGAGAACACACACUGGAGAGAAACCUUUUACUUGCUCUGUUUGUAAGAAGAGUUUCUCCACAAAACCACACAUGACCACACACAUGAGAACACACACUGGAGAGAAACCUUUUACUUGCUCUGUUUGUAAGAAGAGUUUCUCCACAAAGCCACACAUGACCACACACAUGAGAACACACACUGGAGAGAAACCUUUUGCUUGCUCUAUUUGUAAGAAGAGUUUCUCCACAAAGCGUGACAUGACCACACACAUGAGAACACACACUGGAGAGAAACCUUUUGCUUGCUCAGCUUAUGCUAAAAGAUUCAACACUAAGAAGGGAAUUAUAUUACCCAUGAGAAAACACACAGGUGAGAAACCUUUUACUUGCUCUGUUUGUAAGAAGAGUUUCUCCAGAAAGGAACGCAUGACCACACACAUGAGAACACACACUGGAGAGAAACCGUUUAGUUGCACUGUGUGUGAUAAGAUGUUCAGGUAUAAGUAUCAGGUCAGUAGACACAAGUGUGUAACAGUCAUGGAAGCUGCAGGGAUGUAAAAACACUUAAACAGUGAUUGUGCUAAAUGUAGUUUAAAAACACAGCAUGUUUAAUAAGAAUGUAUAUUUGAUGUUGUAUGUAGUGCUUCUCAUCUUCUAGUCUUAUAUGUUGGCAUGUACUUACUUUUUAAGUUGUGUGCAUGUAUUGAAUAUUAUAUAUGUAGCUACUAUUCUAUUUUAUUGUAUCAUUGUUGAAGAGAGGACAUCUUAUUUUCAUGUGGUUUUUUUUGGGUCAUAUAA